GCGGUAGUGACUCCCCGCUCUCUUCUGCCCGCCCUCCCCCUUAUCGGUGCGGCGCAUCAGUGCUGGGCUCAAGUGUGCCCCUCAGUACAUCUGACACCUUUCUUUGGGUCAUUCCCUCACCUUACCUGAGGCAGAGGGAGAGGUAUCUGUCACUCUCUCUCUCUCUCUCUCACGCCAACCGCAUCUGUCUAUCUGACAACCAACUCACCAAGCAAAAUACCUUACCAUAUUCGCAAAAGGCACGAUGCAGCAGAGCAGCGCUCCCGAGUUCAUUCUCGAGGCCUUUGCGGAUCCGGCCUCCGUACGGGAUGUCGUCAAAGGUACCUACCACCUGUCUCCCAUCUCCUGUCCCCAGUUCUCUUUCCCAUAGGUAGCCCGCAGUUCGCGCGCGCCCCGCCAGACGUCAUAUCCGCCCUCAAAACGAACGACAGCACCUUCCGAACCUCUCAGCCUCGCGAUGCGACGGGCGCCUGCCUUGCCAGUCCCCCUCCAAAGCGCAAAACCCAAGCCAUGCCACACGAAACCAGUUUUUCCCAUGGUAAUGGCCCUUGAACAGAAACAAAUGCUGAUAAAACAACCUCGUCGCCGUGAUACAGGAAUCCUCCACACAAUCUUCUUCCACCGCUUCUUCCCCGCCGUCGUCCCCUACACCCGCGAAGUCCUAGACCUGACUCUCCCCUACGUCGACGACGUCGAGCUCGAGACCAUGAUCGAGCAACGCGCCACCGCCCUCGUCCGCCAGCUCGACGCGGAGCGCUCCUCGUCCGGCUCCGGCGGCGGUGGUAGCGGCGGCGGGCGCGGCCAGCUCACCGUCCAGUUCUUUGAGAAGAAGCGUCGCAAGGCCUGGCUCAUGCGCGGCGACGAGGAGGUCUGUUGGGAAUGCUGGACCGUAAAAGUCACGGUCGCGGAGCCCAGGACGGAAACUGAGCGAGCCAAAGUCCGAAAAGCCAUGGAGACGACGCUCAUGACGACCGUCAUGAAGGUCAUUACCUUUGUCAACGCACACAAGGACCACAUCCCUCCGAUAACGACGCAGGGUUCAAACCCGUUUCCCUACCAGAUCAACAUUAACCAAAAGGAGUCGGGCUGGGCUACGAGGAUGGGCAUUUACUAAUUUUGCGCAUUCGGGUCGACGACGCUGUGAGACUGUAAUAAGAUGCUUUUUGGUAAGAUGCCUCUUGGUUUUGUUUCUGAGGAUUUGAUACGGAUUUUUGGAUAGUCUUUUCCAUGUUUUGGCUUGGUAACAACGGCAUCAACGAACCUAGGAUGACGACGGCGACGCUGCUGGCAGAUAUUGUAGAGGUGGUACACAACAUUCUGAGGCGUUCUGGGAACAAGGCAUGAUUCACAUGAGGCAUAGACAUGUAGGACAUUUGGGGAAGUUUAGAGCAAGACAAUAUGAUACCCG